UUCUUUGAGGGUAAAAUGUCAUAAUCAUUUCAGGCAUUUUUAUUGAUUAAAAGAAAGAUCUUAUAAACCGAAGUUUCCUUUAACCAAACAAAAGCUAUAUAGUUUCACUUUCACACUUCCCUAUAUAACACUCUUUAAUUUUUCUUUCUCUGCAAAAACAUUUUUUUCCUCAGAAUCAUAAAUAACAACCAUAGUUUCUGUUCCUUAUACAUUUCAUCUUUGACUGGUAGUUGUGUUCUUCUCUUCUUUCUGUUUGGUUUAAUGAUGAACAAGAGAUGUGAAUCUUGUCUUGAGGAGGAGAUAUGAGAUCUUUAAGCAGUGUAGGACUUGCUCUAAGCAUAGUCUUUGGUUGCUUGCUACUAGCUCUCCUAGUUGAGCUCUAUUACUUGCUCUGGUGUAAGAAGAGGAGGAGGAGGACUACUAUACCUAAUCUUCAAAAUGACUAUUCUACCCCUGCAAGCAGAGAGCUUCUCUUCAUCUUGUGUUGCAGCACUAACACUUCUCCUUCUUCUCCUUCCUCUAACCCUAAACCUAAUGAAACUCAACAGCAAUGUCUUCCUCCUGAUGAUGCCUUUGGGAACGUCGUGGGUCCAGGGCUUGUGCCGAGGUUUCUGUUCACUAUCGUGGAAGAAACAGUAGAGGAAAUGGAAUCUGAAGAAGGUGUUUCCACAAAAGGAAAGAGCUUGAACGAUUUGUUUCUUAAUAUGGAAAGUGGUUCUUCUCCACCGUAUCUAACUCCCCGUGCUUCUCCUUCGCUUUUCACUCCUCCUUUCACUCCGUUAACAGAGACUUGUAAUGGAAGAAAAGAAGGUUUCUUCGAGUCAUCGACUGAUGCUGAGUUCAACAGGCUAGUGAGAUCAUCUCCAUUGUCAUCAUCACCAUCUUCAUUGCCGAGAUUUAAGUUCCUAAGAGACGCAGAGGAGAAGCUUAACAGAAGGAAAGUGAUGGAGAUUGAAGAAGCUGAGGAAGUCAGCAAGGGCUAAAAGUGAUAAGAGUCGAGAUUUUGAAGAUGAAGUUUCAUCAAGAAUGUGACAAAAGGUGGUCCAAAAAAACGUUUUGAGUUUCAAGAUUUAUACAAUUGAAAUAUCAAAAUUCUUAUUUUGCUAAUCUUUUUCUUUGGAUUUUAGUAAUCUUUUGUAAAUCAAAUUUAGCGUUUACGUAAGCUGCCUUACCAUCAAGAUUUUUUUUGGUCUGGAUGAUUAUGAAAAAUAAUUUGAUUAGAAAUAUAUUAAGGAAUAU